AUGGCCACAUCUGGCAGGAUCAGUUUUACAGUGAGGAGCAUCUUGGAUUUACCAGAACAGGAUGCGCAUAGCAUGAAGCAAGCUUCUGACCACCACCACCACCAGCAUUCGGCGGAAAAAUACAGCGGCUCUCCAUAUCGUGGCUGGAUAGAGACGGACAGAAAUCACUAUCCCUCUUCCGACGAGAGCGGCCCGGAGCUGAGCCUGCCCGACUCCACGCAGAGGUCGCUCCCAGCCCGCGGCUCGGAGGCCGAGAAGAAGAAGAAGAGACGAGUGCUGUUCUCCAAAGCUCAAACGCUGGAGCUAGAGCGCCGGUUCCGGCAGCAGCGGUACCUCUCGGCGCCGGAGCGGGAGCAGCUGGCCCGCCUGCUCAGCCUCACCCCCACGCAGGUGAAAAUCUGGUUCCAAAACCACCGCUACAAGAUGAAAAGGGCACGGAGUGAGGGCCCUGGCAGUCCUCCUCCGCGCCCGCCUGCCCUGCUGCGCCGGGUGGUGAUGCCGGUGCCGGUGCUACUGAGGGACGGGGAGCCCUGCCGGAGCUUCCCCGCCAGUUCCUCGCCAGCCGCCUCCAGCCCCAAGCUGGGCUGCGCGCUAGCGGGCUGCAGCGCCCAGGCCGCCCUCGCCGUGCAGGGCUACCCGGCCUGCCCGCCUACCCUCGGCGUCUGCCCCGCGUACCAGCACUUAGCGCAUCCCGCCGUCGUCUCCUGGAGCUGGUGA